UAGGAAUGUUUUUGACCUGCGUCUGGGUGUAUUGAUUUUCUGAAACGCCGCCCCCGCGAUUGCGCCGGGACGCCAAUUUACGUCCCGUUAGUGCCGUCGUAAGAUCACGGUGCACGUGCCUCGACAAUCGUCUCACUAUUGCUAAGUUUGCGGAAAGAAUCGAUCAUCCGGCAAAGUCGACCUUAGCAACCAGCUAACGGAGGCAGCUUUUCGCAAGGCAAGGUGCGACGAAGGAUGGUAUGAUCGGCGAGAGAGCCCGGAGCUUCGAGCGGCUGUCUGUACGAUGACGAGGACCGAGACGAGGAGGGCGGCGCUGCCGCUGCUGGGGUUGGCACUGGCGUGCUGCCUGCUGGCAGCCUCGGCGGCCAGCUACCAGGAGGACGACCUGGUGUUCGACGACGUGGGCGAGGAGACGCCGACGGCGAGUAGCGAGCAGCCCGCGACGACGAGCGAGCCCAACAGGAGGGAUCGCGGCAAGCCGUGCCCGUUCGUGCAGAGGCUGCUCGGCAUGCCCGACGCCGUCGCCCAGGUCGGCCACGUCUUCAAACUUCACGUGCCCAAACAGGCCUUCUCCGGCAGCAUCGACUACUACGAGGCACGGGGUAACAACGGCAAGGGCUUGGCGCACUGGCUGCACUGGGACGAGCCGGCCGGGGCGCUGUCGGGCGUGCCGUCUCGCAAGGACGUCGGCCGGCACCGGGUGGUCAUCAAGGCCUUCGGCAAGCACGGCGACACCGUCCAGGACUCGUUCCUCGUGCACGUGGUGCCCGAGAGCAACGAGCACUUCAAGCACAAGGACGGCAAGAAACGCUGCGCCCGGGACCAGGAGAGAACUCUGCUGACGCUCUUGGUCGACGCCAGGUACGAGAAUCUCAAGCCCUCGGCGAAGGUCAACGCACUGGAGAACCUCGCCGGAUUCCUUGGUCUACACUCGAGCUGGGUGUCGAUUCAGCCGGAGGCAGGCAAGGAUAGCAGCUGCUCGACUGCACCAGAUGCAGGCUCGUCGAUAGUCCUGUCGGGUCCAGGCAACGUAGCUCGUCGGCGAGAAAAACACUCGACGCUCGUCCAGUGGCAGGUCGGCUGCGACGGUCACUUCUGGCAGCAGCACGUCGACAGCGUGAAACUCAUCCCCGAGCAGGCUCGCGACGGCACCCUCAGCGAGGUUCUUCAGCUGCCGGUCUACAAGUGGCUGGUGCGCAGCGACUCCACGGACUACGCUCGCAACCGACGCGACACCGCGCCCGGCUCCGGCGACGGCAUGCUGCGGCCCGACGACGACGACGACGACGACGACCAGGAGUACGACGAGGACGACGAGGACUACGACGAGAACUACGACGACAACAACGAGGGCAUCACCGACUCGCCCCAGGAGACAAAGCCGCGCAAGCCCGUCAUUCGGCCCGUCGACGGAGCCAGCCCCGGCGGCCUCGACGAGCACCCCCACAGGCAUCACCACGGCGAGGACAGCAUUGCCGGCAUCCACAAUCUUGACAACGAGGACGACUUUAUCUGGAGGAACGCGGAAAUCAACAACAGCCUUUUCAACAAGACGACCACGACGCCUGCGCCAACUACAAUAGCUGUUACGAUACCGUCGUCAACCACCACAACCUCCACAACAAGCACGACUACCACCACCACUACUACUACCACCACAACAACGCCCGAGCCGUUGACCACACCUACUUCCACGACAUCUGAACCGACGACGACGCCCACCACCAACACUACCACCAGCACCACCAGCACCACGGAACAACCAUCAACGACUGAGAGCACCACGCCGACAACAACGACCACGACUGAAAUCAUUUUUAUGGAAACGUUCACUACCGAGAAUGCAACGUCAACAACUUAUGUAAAUUUGACGCGCAUUGCGACCAGUGCCUCGACUACAGCGACGAGUAACGUUACGAUCGACUCGUUGCUGACUGUAGAAGAAGACGAAGAGGAUAUCGAAGAGGAAGAAGACGACGAUGACGUCGAAGAUAACAUGAUACUGACGACUGACUUUGAUAACGAGACUGUGCCCGAUUUUACGACGACCCAUCAAUCGAAUGCAUCUGUUGGUGCGUCUGAAUCGACGCCGACAACGACGAUAACGACGACAACGACGACAACGACGACAACGACGAAUGGAGGAUAUUCAUCGCCGAGCGGGAGCGUCGUGGAGUCAGCGUCAUCGACUGCUGAGCCAAACGCUACAUCCGUAUUCUCUGCAAAUGCCACUGCAGAGGAGUAUCCGGAGCCACCAGUUGAACCAAAACAAAUUUCAACCUCAAGCUCUGCACCCUCUUGGAGCGAUAGAGUUACGGAAAGCUUCCCAGAAGAACCGAUUGAUGCUUAUGAUCCUUACGACAUUAGUAAACAUGUACCAUUCUUUAGCUCGUCCAGCUCUACACCUACGACUACAACGACGACUACGAUAACACCAGUUCCGACUACACCGACAACUACAACAACGACAACUGUGGAGCCUUCAACGACACCGCCAACAAGGCCUACCACGACAACAACGACGGAGCCUCCUUCUACUACUUCACCUAAGCCGUCUACUACCACAACUACUACUACCACUACCACAGAAGCACCUACGACUAGGGCUACUACACCGGAAAGAAUAGACUACGGUAUUCGAAACAAUGCGCCAAGAAUAGGUAGGAGAUUAAAGAGGAUACCAGUGACUCAGGGUAAAGUUCUUAGCUACGAGAUACCGGAAGAUGCUUUCAAUGAUUUCGAAGACGGCAACACGAGAAAUUUACGUCUGCAAGUUUAUGAAAAGGAUGGCAUUCCCCUCAAACCCUCCUACUGGUUGCAGUUUAAUGAGAAUACGCAAGAAAUUUAUGGCUUGCCCGACGACAAAGUUUACAGCAGUUACUUCUUCGAUGUUGUUGCUACGGAUCGUGGUGGGCUGUCGGUUAGCGAUAAGCUCGAAAUAGUGGUACAACAGCACAAGCAACAGCGUGCGUUCAAUCACGACUUCCACUUGUAUCUGAAAAUCGAUAAGAGAAAUAACUUCAGAACGAACGUUGACUGGCAACUGAAGGUAAUGAGAAGUUUAGCUGAGCUUUACGGAGAUAGUGAUUUAAGCUACAUCACCGUCAGAUCUGUCGAUAUUGAAAAUGACCAAGCAAUUUACACGUGGACGAAUGAUAGCUUAGCUAGAACAGACUCGUGUCCUCACGAAGAAAUUGAUAGACUGUACAGCCUUCUUGUUUCAAACAAGAAAACCGAGGAACCAAGUGAAGCUUUGAUAAGAGUACUGGAUCCUGAGAUAAAGGUCAAACGUGUUGUUUAUCAAGGCUUGGAACAGUGCCAGCAGUCGAAAGAAACUAACGAGAGGUGGCCUAUAGUCAGGAAUCAAAUCGAUCACUUGAAGGCACUUGUUGGAAGUCUGUACGUUCACAAAGUCAAAAAGGACACAUUCUUUGAUGAAGACGAUGGCGACACUAGCAAACUUAAAUUAUUUCUGUACACCGGUAAUAGAUCAGAUGUACCGCCCUAUGACUGGCUGCAAUUUGAUAGUAAAAAUCAAGAAUUUUACGGCGUACCGCUGAGAGAAGAUAUUGGCCGAAAAACUUACCAACUUAUUGCGAGAGACAAAGAAGGUUUGGAAGCGACGGACAGUCUAGUUGCAGAAGUCAAGUCAUUGCCAGAGGAAUUUCAGCACAAUGUUGAAAUAAAGAUGACGAUUAAUAUGCCAUACGAGACAUUUGUGCACUCAGCUCAGCACAAGCGACAAUUCAUCCAAAAAUUGGCAAAUGUGUAUGGCGAGAGAAACAUUAGCGCGAUAAACAUCCUGUCAGUUAGUGGGAACCGCGAAACAUCCGACAUCGUUUGGCGCAACUUUUCCUUACCCGAGGAAUAUUGCCCCAACGACCAGAUAACGCGAAUGCGCAGAGCAUUGGUGACAGAUGACAAGAAUUAUACAUUCGAGUUGAGCCGAGAGUUCAAAGACGAGUUUUCAAUAAUUAUGAUAAGCUUUACGCUAACGGGCGAAUGUCGCAACGUCGUUGUUGCCGGUGCUGACAUCCCAUCCAAGGGCGAUACGACCGCUAAAGGCGCCAGACAGGAAGAGUAUCUCAUCACAUUCGUACUUCCAGCGGUUAUUAUUGCUACAAUGUUGGUCCUCGCGGGAAUAAUCGCUUUCAUCUUGUACAAGCGAAGAAGAAGCGGCAAGAUGAGCGUCAGCGAGAAAGACGACGAAAGACAGAGUUUUCGUAGCAAGGGUAUACCAGUCAUCUUCCAAGACGAGCUUGACGAAAAACCAGAUCCAGGUAAUAAAUCGCCCAUAAUCUUAAAAGAGGAGAAGCCACCACUACCACCGCCGGAGUAUCAGCGCGCAGAGGACGGCGCGGACAUCCCGAUGCUGUCGAAAGAGAACUCGGAGGAGCCGUACCAACCGCCGCCUCCGUUCGCGACGAAUCGCGACAACAAUCGCCAGAACAGACCAAAGCCCACGCCGACGUACAGGAAGCCACCUCCGUACGUGCCGCCCUAACAAAGCAAUCACUUCAACAGUGCAGCCGUCGCCGCCGCGGCUGUGAAUUCGCCCACACGCAAGUACAUGCUAGCGAUGCUCGGCGACUCGCCCAACCACGUGCAACAUCAGACGGUGGUCGCGAGAUUCAAGGGCCAAUUCAACAACGGCUUUCGCGAUUCUCGUCUCGUUCGGUAGACUCUCGCUGCUCUACCCGACUCACUCGGGUCUAGUGCACGACGACUACUUGCUUUAAACUCGAACACUUGGCGACCGAAAUUUUUAUUUUAUAACCUUAGCUUCUUUUUUUGUUUUAACGCGAUAAUUACUUAAUUGUAUGCCAAGUGUGAUGCAGUUUGGUGUUCGACUCGGUCAAACUUCGCCUCACUUUUUACCCUUAAUUUGGCUCUCGUGCAACUUCAGUUCUUGCCGAAACAAGGGUAAUUACUUUUUAGACAUGUUAAAGUAUCGUGAUAAGCAGAUUUUAUCCGACUGGCUUACGUACAUUGGCGAAUGUACGUAUGAUUAUGUCAAUUUUUUUAUACGAAAACAGCUUGGAGAAAAUAUGUAUUGUCUUUUACAUAUUGGUUUUUUAAAUCGAGCUUGUAAAUUGUAAAUAUUUUUUAUUCCAUGAUCCUAUAAAUUAAAAAAAUUCAUUUUUCGUAUUGUGCGAGAGCCUGAUCGAUGUAUUAUAAAAUUUUUAUAUCUCUUUUAAUCAAUUUAUCAAGGUUUCAUUAAAUAUUCCUUUUACACUUCAAUACGCACACACUUGAACAAAGUAGAGAGAAAAAACUUAUUGAAACUUGUCGAUCACGCGUUGCCUUUUGUAACGAACUUCGCGUUAAUAGUGUAGAGAAAAAAAAGUGAAGCUGAUUGCUCUCAUAUCGAAGAAAACUCGUCUAUCGAGAAGCUUGAGUGAAAGAACUACAAAUAGCAGGGGUAGAAAACAAAACGGUAGUGUUACGAAAAGUAAACUUUUUAACGAUUUCAAUGAUACUCGAUUGAAAAAAAAAGAUAUAUUUCACAGUAAUCAGUGCCAUUUUAUUAAGCAAUAAGCUCACCUAAUUGUGAAUGCUAAUUUUUACAUGGGUUUCUUACACCAAAUUUUUUCAAUCGACCGAUUGACAGACUCGCUUUGUAUCGAGCCUUCUAAUAACCAUAGACUGUAACGUACUUCAUGAAAGAUGACAUAGCACUGCCACUACGAAGGUUUAUUAUCUUCGGUUGAAAGUCUUACGUAUUUGUCCGUCAAGGAAUUCCAAAUGUGGAUACAAAAUAGGACUGUGAAUCAAUUGCGUAUCACAUAUUGAGCUUUUGCGGGCUACUUAUUAAUAAAAGUUUUAUCAAUGCUUCCAUUGGCGAAUAGGUAUGCCAAUAUUAAACGAUGUAAAGGCACCACGAAUAAAGAUUGUAAAACCGAUGACCGUUCGUGAAAUAUGAACAUAUAACUGCGUAAUACGUAUACAGUACAUAUUUAAUAAAUGUUAUAUUGAUUCGUCGUUUGAUACUCUCUUGUCAAUAGUUACAUUUGUAAUAGAGUUGUUUAAAUGUACUGCUUAAUUAACUUCGGAGCAUUUACGUUUAAGAAACUUAAUUGUGAAGAUGAUGUUAUAAUCCUUUUAUCAUGUGUACCCUUAAGUUUUUUAUCUUAUUUUAAAAUAAAAAGCAAUGGAUCACCGUCGUAAAGAAAACACAACAUUGUAAUCUUUUAUCAGAUAUGAAAUAUUAUAUACAGAGCUUUAACUGCAACACUUUUGUAAACUAACGCGCACUAUAAUAACUACAAAACUAUUUAAUUUUAAUACUUACACACCUAGUUACCAAGCCAAAACUUGACUUAUUAUAUAACAGGAAGAAGUUAUAGAGACAUAAGAAGAAUAAUAUUUAAACAGGUUGACCUCUUACGGGUUCACCUUAAGCAUAGUACUUGUCGAGAAAUUUUUCGAAAUAUUUUUAUUUUUAUCAGUAACAUAGAAGUGUAAAAAACUACGAUCGAAUUGAUAGAAACGAAUUUUUCAUUCUUUAGAAGAGUGACAAUAUAUGCCGUAUUCUUUUUUUAAAUUUGACGCGCGCAACAACUUUACAAUUUGAUAUUUUUCAAAGAAAAACGAUAAUAAUUACGUAGAUGAUAGAUAAGAAAUCGUGCGAAUGAUGAUAAUUUUCAUUUGUCUUGUGUACGUGAAAAAUUACACGAUAUUAAUAAUAAAAUUCAAGUGAAUGUUCAUUAUGUUAGAAAAGAAAAAGAUGACGAAAGAAAGCUAGUUUUUAAAAUAUAACACCAACGUCAAGCUACGUUGUUGCAUAACUUUUAGCAAUUAAGUCUACCAGCGAUCAUCGUAAAUGUGUGUAAUAGACAGUUUCAUUUUCACCGACACAUGUGGUCUCAAACAUCAAGAAUUGUGCUGGAAGAUAUAUGUGAAUAAAAGAAUGUUCCUCGUUGUUUGAGAGACCAAUUGUCAAUUUCAACAAGCACGUGUGUCCAUCUUACAAAAUUCAACCGAAUUGUCGAUAAUUGUUUUAUACUAAACUAUUUCAAGUUACGUACAAUAAUUAUUAUAUCUUAGUUUUCUCAUAAUUUUCUUGCUUUUUGCGAUCUUCAUUAGUUGUGUUGCUGCAUGAGCCAGAGGUGAUUGAAACACCUCAAUUCAUAGUAUACUUUGAGUGUAAUGUUGUCAAGCUCAAGAUAAUGCGACUUUAAGAUUUAUAAUAAAUGAAAGCUUAAAAAAUAAAUAUAAAUAUGGUAUACUUGGAAACAAUUUUCUCAUAUCACGCUUAACUCAUAUCGUUGCUCAGUGCGUAUCCGUCAGACUGCCAGACAAAAAACGAAAUUUUGUAUAAUACAUACGUGUGUACUAUGUUUAUAAAAUAAGUAGUAGAGAUAAAGGAGACUAACAGAAAAGAAGAAUUUGUGGGAAUUCCACAUGGGACCGAAGUUGAGAAGAAUAUAUGAAAAAAAGUGGAAAUCGGUAUUUAAAAAUGUUGCAACUAUGGGUAGUUGAAAAACGAAUGAGAUGGUACAAUUAUUUUUCAUUCGUAUUAAGUAUAUUAAAAGUAAAUCAGGGAGUGAAAUUGGAAACGUGAUAUUAACGUUUGCAUUUAGAAUGAGAGGACGCAAAAAAGGAAAAAAUAUAUAUUCGUAAUUAUGAAAGUGUAAAUAAGUGAACUAAAGAAAUUUCCAAAACAAUAACGUAUCUUGUGAUUUAUCGUGACUAAAAUAGUUUAUUUUUUUACUGUACGAAGUCCUUGAUCAUGUUUCAUUGUUAUGCCAGAAACGGUUUGUUAUCAACGAAUAUCAAUGAAAUUGUUGCAUGCAAGAAAUAAGCAACGGUGAUUCGAACUCACUUGCUACGAAUAUCGUUCUUUUGGGUAAGCGAAAGCCAAUUACCGCACCGAAUUCACUCCCUGACGCAAGAAGUAUGAGUAAUAAUAACAAUAAUAAUCUAACAAGUUAAAAACAUGUGUUACGUACUGAAUAAGCCACUCAUCAGGCAGGCGCCACGAUCAGGGACUUGAAGUUCCAAUAGUGACUUGUAGGUUCAUUCGCAAUUGCCUGGAAUUCAGUGAAGCUUGUUUAUUUCAGCUCUCGUAAGUCGUAAGGCUUUGUUAUCUGUCUCAUAAAUUAUAAUAAGCAUACUCUCGUGCACAUACUAAACAUGUUGGUUCUCGUACUGAGAUAAUAUAUCAUAUACAGACACUGGCGCGUUUGGUCUAUUUUCCUCUUGGCGGCGCAUGCCGAGUAGACGAGUCGAGCGAAAAGCCGACAGCGGGAACAUGUACAUAAUUUCAUUGCAAGUGUGCAGAGUCAUGCAUAGAACAACCUGCGCUAUGCAUGCGUGGCUUUGCAUACUGGAAAGCUUGUUCCAAAAAAUUCUACACUCGAGUCGUCUGAUCCACAUGUGUUUUCCAGCAUCUUCGCAUCAACUCUUUCACGAUUCUAUAUCGAUACGUUGUCAGUAAUACACUCAAGCGAAACAUUAAAAGGAAAAUCGAAUAAAUAAAAAUUAAAAAUAUAUACAUAAGUGUACACGAGUACUAUAGACUUGACAAGCAUAAAUAUAUACACACACACACAAGCCGACAGUGUAUAAGACAAGGGUUAAUAAAGUCA